ACUUGGAGGCCAACGGCUUAGCACUCGGUGCCCAGCGUGCUGCGGACACUCGGCAUGGCCGACUUUCUGGCAGCGGCGGAGGCUUGCGCCAAAGGAUGUGCCGAUCCACGCCAGGUGGCCGAGGCACUGCGCGAGCUGGAGUUCCAGACCCUCGAGGCGGAGCCUUCCGGGGCCAAGCUGGGGACCUGGGAGGAGUUGCGCGUGGCGGAGGCCAAGCUGAGGUCCUAUGCCAUGGACGAGCUCGCUCGGGCUCACCACGAGCACACCACCUCGCCCCUCUCCGAACUGGCGCCGGACCUGCUGCGGCCUCCCUGGCUGCAAGUGCCCCAGCGCCUGCUCAGGCACACGGCAGAGGAUCCCAUGGAGGUGCUCUGCACGCUGGAUUGCCACCCUGACCUGGAUGAUGGUUUCUGCUGGCACUGCUGGCAUCGGGAGGAAUGCGGCGGCCGCCCAGAGGAGAUCCAGGACUUGCUGUCGCUGGCUCGGCAGCUCAGCCGCUGCGCGUCCUUCUCGCACCGCGCGCGCCUGGCGGAGCAGCAGUGGUCCUACUACGACCAUCUCUGCGAAGAGUUGAGCCAGCUGCGGCCUGGGCGGCUGCUGGUUCUGGGGGGGCUUGGCGUCUCAGCGGUGCACGCGGCCCGAGAUCUCGGCUGCUCCGUGGUGCUCCUGGCGCCGCCGGAGCACGUGCCGCUGCUGCGGCAGCUGAUGCGCGACAACGCUGUGGAUGUGUCCGUGGCUGGAGAUGCGGAUGGCCUGGAUCUGCCGAGCUUUGAUGCCUGCGCCCUGGAAGGCUUCGAGCCAGACGCCAUGUUGGGCCUGGGGGUCCUUGAGACCUGGCGCAGUUUGGCGCCGCAACUCAGCGCCCAGGUCCUGCCGCGGUGCCUGCGGGUGUCCGUGGCCUUGGCUUCACAGCGGCUUGCGGAGGCGGCGGCUGUGGGCGUGAGCUUGGAGCCCUUUGCGGCGUCACACGGGGGGCUGGCGCCCUUACCACAAGCGGUGCCGGAGAAGCCGGGCGCAGCCGCGCUGCGCCCUGCGCCACUGUCGGCCUUUGUCCCGCUGCUGGAGCUGCCGUUUCGGGGGCCUUGGCCCUCAGACCGAGAAGGCCGUGCCGCGCAGCUCGCGCCGUUUCGUGCGGGGACGGCGAGAGCAGACGCCUUGCUGGUGACCUGGGAGCUGGACUUCGAGCAGAAAGUUUGGAGCGGCCAAAGUGUGCAGCCGCUGCCCGCCAGGCUCCAAGCGCUCGAUGGCCCCGUGGAGGUCCUUGGAAUCUGCACUGCGCAGGGAAUUUGCCUCGAGGUGCCAGACUUGACGCUCUACGCGACUCCGCCGCUGCCCCGCGUUUUCCUCUUGGAUUGGUACUCCGAGAUGCUGAAUGACGCCGUACGCAACGAGGCUUUUGCUACUGCCAUUCGCAAGAAGGCCUGUGGCGCUCGCGUCGCGGACCUGGGCUGCGGCUGUGGGCUCCUCACGCGCCUGGCGCUGGACGCGGGCGCCCGCGCGGCGGUGGGCGUGGAGAUCGCGCCGCACCUGGCGCGGGCCGCCAAACGCGUCGCGCCGGAGGCGGAGGUGACGUGCGGCGACAUCCGGGCAGUGGCGGUGUCGGAGGAGGAGCGCUUCGACCUUUUGGUGGCAGAGCUGCUGGAUGCCGGAGGCCUGGGGGAGAAGAUUGUGCCCUUCAUGCGCCACGCGAAGAGCAGGCUGGCCACAAAGGGCGCCCAGUGCGUGCCGCGGGGGCUCAAGGUCAAGGCGCUGCUGCUGGAGCUGCAUCUGCCGAAGCUCCGAAAGGUCGAUCUCGGCGCGUGGGAGAGUUACUGGCUGCCGGCUUCAGCUGAGAAGGGCGAAUGGCUGGGCCUGGAUUUGGAUGCGGCCGAGUGGACACCAGCCUCGUCAGUGGUGGAGGUCUUCAGUCUGAACUUCGAAGGGCCUCAAAGUGGGCUAGCCGAGGCGCUGCAGGAGAGCGCGCGGUGUCUUUCGAGGUGUCCGGGCGCUUCAAUGCCGUCGCCUGGUGGUUCGAAGCCGACUUGGGCAUCGGUGAAGAAGGCGCCUGCGACCUCACCAGCGCCCCUGCUCGGUUCCGCAGCGGCGGAGGGACCCACUGGGUGCAAGCCGUCGCAGGCCUCGGGCCGUCAAGGCAGGUGGCAUCUUUUCAGACGCGCGUGCGCACGGACGGGGUGCAGAUCACUUGGACACCCUUGGAGGCUUUGGCGCCCGCGUUUUCGGCGGACGUGGCCCUGUGGCGAGACGAAAGCGCUGAAGCGCAGCAGCGACUGAGAGACGUGGAGCAGCGGCUGACGGCGGUGGGGGACCUGGCGCGCCUGGGCCAGGUGCAGGCGGCUGCGCUGGCGCUGGCGGCCUGGCCUCGUCGCUUCGGCCUGGAGGCGACUCCAGAAGUGGUGAGCCGCUUGCUGAAGGGCCUCUAUGUGUGAUGCGCAAAAGGCGAGCA